CGGCGGGCAGCGGGGCCGCCUCCUCGCCGAGGGUCGCCCGCUCGCCCUCCCGGGCCAUGGGCAGCCCCUGACCCCGCCGCAGCACCGGAUCCAAAAUGACGGUCAAAGCUGUAAAGAUGCCAUGCACCUCUGCAAACGUUUAUACUAAAGUGCCUGACGGAGGAUGGGGCUGGACGGUCGCCUUUGCGUUCUUUGUUGUGGAAGCCCUGACAUACGGCAUCAUAAAAUCCUUUGGAGUCUUCUUCAACGACCUGAUGGACAGCUUUGACGAAACCAACAGCAGGAUAUCCUGGAUAAUAUCCAUAUGUGUGUUUGUACAGACCUUCACAGCUCCUCUGUCGACGGUCCUGAGCAACCGCUUCGGCCACCGGCUGGUGGUGAUGGCCGGGGGGCUGCUGGUCAGCGCUGGCAUGGUCAUCGCGUCCUUCGCCCGCAGCGUGGUGCACAUGUACGUCACCAUCGGCAUCGUCUCCGGCCUGGGAUACUGCCUCUCCUUCCUCCCGACUGUCACCAUUUUAUCACAGUAUUUUGACAAAAGGCGCUCGCUGGUCACAGCGGUGGCAUCCACAGGGGAAUGUUUCGCCGUCUUCUCCUUCGCACCAGCAAUCACGGCCCUGAAGGAGCAGAUUGGCUGGAGGUACAGCAUGCUUUCUGUCGGGGUGCUGCAGCUGGGCAUCACCGCCUGCGGCUCGCUGCUGCGCCCCAUCGUCAUCAGAGAGCAGGAAGAAGUGAAAGCACAGCCUCCAGAGGAGUCCACAGAGACAAAGUACAUGCUUGAAAACGAACAAACAUGCACCUCAAUCGAGUCCAUAGACUCAGGAGUCGAUAUAACUACCUCACCCAGCAAUGUGCCUGGAAAAACCAAAGCAGAGCCGAAAAGUGAAGAACCAAAGCAACACGGACAGAACCCCGUUGACAAUAGCAGCACCCCUCCAGCACCAAAAACCAAACUACUGGACUUCUCUGUGAUGAGAGACUAUAGCUUUAUCUGUUAUGCAUUCUUUGGCCUGUUUGCAACCCUGGGCUUCUUCGCUCCCUCCCUCUACAUCAUCCCCCUGAGCCGCAGCCUGGGCAUCGGCAAGGACCACUCUGCCUACAUCCUGUCGGCCAUGGCCAUCGCCGAGGUCUUCGGCAGGAUUUUUGCAGGCUGGAUCCUCAACAAGAAGCCCAUCCGCAAGAUCUACAUCGAGCUCAUCUGUGUCAUCCUGCUGUCUGUAGCCUUGGUUGCCUUCCCUUUUGCCUCUGGAUUCUGGGGCUUGAUGAUAUGUAGCGUUUAUUUUGGGUUCAUGCUCGGCACGGUGGCGGGCACACAUAUUCCCCUCCUGGCUGAAGACGACGUGGUUGGCAUUGAGAGGAUGUCCUCUGCAGCUGGAGUCUAUGUCUUCAUUCAAAGCUUAGCUGGGUUGGCUGGACCACCCCUUGCAGGUGUCUUAGUGGAUACGACAAAGAACUACAGCUCAGCCUUCUACUCCUGUGCUGCUGGCAUGGUCCUGGGUGCCGUGUUCCUGGCCCUGGUGAGGCCAUGCAAGACUGGGCUCUGCCACCAGCAGCAGCAGCAGCAGCAGCAGGUGGAGGAGAGCACGGCAGGGCCACCACCAGAACUGCCAGAUGACUUUAUAGACAUGGAUAUUGGAAAAGCAGAAAAUUCAGGAAAAGGCUCUGACAGCGUGGUAUAAAAAACCCCGUUCCUUCUCCAUCUAAUGCACUCAGUGUAAGGCUGGGGGAAAUGUCAGCUCUGCUCCACGUUUUAAAACUCCAUUCUAAAGGGAAUGUGAAAUUUUAAAUGUGAACAGUUGCUACCAACAAUUUAUUUUUUUUUUAAUAUUAGACAGAAUUUUUUUUAACCAACAAUGGAAAGCUCCAUAGAAAAUACGGAUAGCCACAUAAGAAUAACUUCUGUCUAGCAUGAAGAUGUGAUGCACACUUGCUUUCCUGAUAACAAGCAUAGGUAAAGGUCCAACUGAUCCAUAGAUACUGACAACAGCAACAGCAGAAGCAGCUCAGCCUCUGACUGUCACCCAUCCCCUACCACAAAUUCCACACAGACCCGGUGAUACGAACUGGAGCAUCUCAUACACCACCAGUAGCCAACUGAAUCUUCUUCUGGAGGGACACAGACUCACCCUUUAGCUUGGAGGAGGAGGAGGCCAGGCUAGAUAGCUGACAAUUAGAAACCAUUGCUAAUGAUCUUAACUUGAAUGUCACAUAAUGCUGGGAAAUCCAAGGCUCCGUGUGUCUUCAUGGCCAGUUAUUACUGCACAUAUUUCAUAAGAUCAUUUUUCUUCUCCCAGCUGGGAUCCUUAGAACUGUUUUCUGUUGAUAGUCAGACCUGAUGUACUGUUUCUAAUUUAACUAGUAUUUAUUAAUUUAUUCUGAGAUUGUUAAAAGGAGGUUAGCUUAAAUAACUGGAGAGGAAGAAUGAUCUUCUGAAUAACGGAAAGCUGUCUUUACAUCAACCUCUCUAAUGCCUAUCUUGUAUUGCUUGUGAAAUUGUUGGGAAAAUUACUCUUACAGCAUAAAGUGUAGCUGUUUUUAAUAGGUAAGUCGUAAGUAACCCAGUUAUUUUAAAAGGAAAAAAAAACAAAACAAAACAAACAAAAAGAAUUACAGGUCCAGCCUCGUUUCCCAUGGCAAAGGCUCAGCUGGAACCAGCCCACCCCACAGGGAGGAUUUGGAUGUCUUAAUGUACCCCAACCUUGGCUCACAGUGCACGAGGGGAUCUCUGCUGCAGCCCCAGACCCUUCCCCUGUCUGUGCCCCCCGGCUCUGCCCUCACAUCAGCCAAAGGGGCUUUUAUGUUUUUGCUGCUGACUUCAGUGGGAGGUGAAGCGGAGCCUGUGCUUGAAGGAGAGGAUGGAAGGCAGCGCUGGAGCUGCUCGUUCAUUAACGGGAGAGGUUCCUGCUCACGGCGACACGAGCUUGCUUACCCCACCUAUAUGCAUCUUCUCGCCUCUAGGCAACUCAGGGGGACAAAUCAAACAAGUCUGUUCUGGUUUGGGGGGGGGAAAAUCAACCCCAAACCACCAUUUCUCUGUACUUAAGUGGAAGUGGCAUCAUCCAUUAACUGCUACACUGACCUGUCUGUGUUUUACCAGCCAUAGAAAUGUGGGACAAUCUGUACAAGAAAAAAAGAAAAAAAAAAGAACAACCUCUUUUUUGGGAAGGUGCUUGGUUUGGUUUUUUUUCUGUCUUAGAUGUCCAAAAAAAAAAA